GAGGCUGGAGGCAGGAGGCAGGAGGCAGGAGGGACCGGUCUCUGCAGCAUCUCCCCGGCUGGUCACGUCACAUUCCCGUCAGCAAGAAGCUUGAAAUUAUCAUGUUACCCGGAGACACUGGAUUGCUGGCUCUUUGGCCGGGACCCAAUCUGCACUUCUACCAAACAACUCUUUUCUACGCCUUCCUCGAGAGACUAUCUUGCUGGAAGUUGGUCCAAAAAGUGCACUAACAUUGUUUGAGGCCAGAGUCGCUGGUACACAUCAUGUGUGAGGGUGGCGAUUUGUGAACGGAGCCCAUCAAAACCUUUCUUCUCCACUAAGGUACAACCAUAAAGCAGCAUGGGAGGAGUGGCGGUGGAUGUGGGUGCAGAAGGGGUGAAGGCUCCAGAUGGCGGUUGGGGCUGGGCGGUGUUGGCCGGCUGUUUUGUCAUCACAGGCUUCUCGUACGCUUUUCCUAAAGCGGUCAGCGUCUUUUUCAAAGAGCUGAUCAGGGAGUUUGGCGUCGGAUACAGCGACACUGCCUGGAUCUCUUCCAUACUGCUGGCCAUGCUUUAUGGCACAGGUCCUCUGUGCAGCGUACUGGUGAACCGCUUCGGCUGCCGACCGGUGAUGAUGGUGGGUGGUCUCUUUGCGUCUCUGGGAAUGGUUCUAGCCUCAUUCUCCACCAGCAUCAUCCACAUCUACCUCUCCACUGGAGUCAUUACAGGUUUGGGGCUGGCCCUGAACUUCCAGCCGUCUCUAAUUAUGCUGAACCGCUACUUCAGUGAGAAGCGUCCUCUGGCCAAUGGCCUUUCAGCGGCAGGGAGUCCUGUGGCCCUUUGUUGCCUCUCCCCACUGGGCCAGGCCCUUCAGUACAAGUAUGGAUGGAGGGGGGGCUUUCUCAUCUUAGGGGGCCUUCUGCUUAACUGCUGUGUCUGCGGGGCCCUUAUGAAGCCUCUGGUUGGCCCCAAGUCCCUUAAGGCCAAGGACCCGGAGCAGGACAAUGACAAGGAAACAGAGAGCAUAGAGAAGAAGAAGCCCAAGGCCAAACUGCUCGACUUCUCCGUCUUCAAAGACCGCGGCUUUGUCAUCUACACAGUGGCCGCUUCCAUCAUGGUCCUGGGGCUGUUUGUGCCUCCGGUGUUUGUCGUGAGCUAUGCCAAGGAGCUGGGGAAUGAGGACACCAAAUCUGCGCUGCUUCUCACCAUCCUGGGCUUCAUUGACAUGUUUGCGCGGCCCGUGUGUGGCGUGAUUGCCGGACUGAAAUGGGUUCGGCCUCGGUGCGUCUAUCUCUUCAGCUUUGCUAUGAUCUUCAACGGAACGACCGAUCUGGUCGGCUCGCAGGCCAAAGACUACCCGUCUCUGGUGGUCUUCUGUAUCUUCUUUGGCAUCUCCUAUGGAAUGGUGGGUGCGCUGCAGUUUGAGGUCCUCAUGGCAAUAGUUGGUACUGAGAAAUUCUCCAGUGCCAUUGGCCUGGUCCUGCUCAUGGAGGCCAUUGCUGUGCUGGUAGGGCCACCUGGUGCAGGCCGGCUCCUUGAUGCCACCAAGAACUACAUGUACGUCUUCCUGCUGGCAGGAAGCGAGGUGGUCCUCUCAGCCGUGGUUCUGGCCACGUGCAACUUCCUGUUCAUUAAGAAGAAGCCUGCAGCGCCAGCGGACAAACUUGAGAGCCUCGCGGUGACGGAUGACACCAAGGCGGAGGCGUGCGGCAAACCUGCAGACCUGAGCGAGGAGGAGGAGAAGGGAGCCAGGGAGGUGCAGGAGAAGGAGAUGAUGAUGAAGAAGGAUGCGAUGAAGGAGUCAAAAGAGGAGGAGACAGACAAAGAGGAAGCAGAUGAGGUCAGACCGAAGAGUGUAACCGUGGACUCACAGGAAGUGGAAAGGUUCUUGAAAGAGCCGCAGCUAAAUGGUGAAAUGUCCAGCAGUCCUGAAACAUGCCUGUGAGAAGGGUGGGAUAAUUAACCAGGCAGCUGUGUGAAGAAGUGUACUAAUAAGUAACUGGUUUGAUGGUAAUGCUUUUCCCAUAAAUAAGUGUCUAAUCCAGGUGUUUAUGUACAUGUACGCUGCCUCACUGGUGCCACUGCCAUAUGAAAAAGUUAGUAAUAUUUUAUCACUAGAUGUUUUUAAGUGUGGCUAAUAAUGCAUAAAACAAUAGAGGUAAUCGGUUAGAGCACUGCCGUGUGAGUAAGGUUUUUUAUCAAAAGUUAAAAUGUCUGUGCUUUUGGAUGUUGCCACCAGCAAAUAAUGUCGAGGGAUAAUUUUGACAAUAUUCUGUCUUCUUAGCCUCAAGAAAUCACAUGAAAAGGAGGGGCACAGCAAUAAAUCAAGUUCGUCCAAAUUCAACAAAGAUGGAUUAUUAGAGGUAUUAUUUCCCAAAUGCUCUGUAUAACACCAAAUACAACAAAUACAUGCAUCAUUUCCAUCUCUUAUAUUAAUAUUUGAGCUACAGUGCGCAGCCUUUUUAGGAAGUUACGAAAAAAAAAAGACAUCUCUUAAUGUUAUCAUUAAGAGAAGUACAGAAUCAUGUCAGGCUUAUCCUUUGAAAAAAAACUAAAGACUGCUUUUUAUGUCAGCUCGCUAUAAAGAGUCAGAAAAAGCUCUGUUGUAUGUGCAGAAACAUCCCUUUUCUAUUCAGGCUUAAAAUGGUGAGUGUUUGCAGUGAUUAACCUUGAAAAGGAUCAUAAUCAAAGCAGGUGAUGUCUUCCCACGUGAUUUUUUGCAGCCACGUUUGAGACCGUAGUUUUAGUAAGAAGAGAUUUAUCAGAACUAAAUAGUUGCUACAAUCACGGCGUUGCUUGGAUAAGAAGCAGCGCCCAAACACUGUCCACGCCAUGUUGUUCUUUGUGGAUUUUGACGUCUUAAAGUCAGAAGUGUGACGUUUUCAACUAAAGUCUGAAGUGAUUUUGUUUGACAGUACACCGCAGUGCUGCAUCACUCGACACGACUUUUAAAAGCACUGUGCCCUGAUGUUGUCAAGCUUGUGUACACUGUGUGCGCUUGUCCCCAAAGAACACUAUAUUCACACUAAGAGGAGACAUUGUGUCUUUUUUGAGGACCAAAGUGUGUGAGAAGAGAAAUGAUGUAGAGAUUAAAAAAGUUUGAUGAAAGCCCAGUUAGCUAGAUAUGACAAAAUGUUUUUGCUUGAUGUCUGCUUUGUAUUGUCUGGACUGUGUCAGUAAAACAGAAUAUUAAAGGAUUAUUAUUUUUUGUUAUUUAA